GGGGUCUUCAAUUAAAUUUCGCCCAGUUCAUAUCCUACCACUGAUUUUAUAGGCGUUGAACUGUUCUACAUCGGAACUAAUAGGUCAAAAAAAUGUUAUUCGAAACUAUAUUAAGUAUUUUUUUAAUUCCAAGAGAUAUCAUUUAUUGGGUAAAAUGGAUAAUUUCGUAUGUGUUGAUUCGUUUGUACAAGGCUUCUCACCGAAGGCGAUUUGACCUGUACGAUCCUUAUGCAGUAAAUGAUCCUGUAAAGCUUAAUUAUCUUGUUCCGGAUAUAGAAAAAGAGCUUGAAUCCCCUCUUCCGGAGUCUCAUUUGCAACAUGCAGACGAAAGGUCACGUGACAGGACAGGAAUAUCAUUGGAUGCCCAUUGGUCCAUUCUAGAAGCCACUCCUUCGGUGGCUACACAGAUGUGCACUUAUGAAAUAUGCAAUCGGGACGUGUGGUCACUUUAACUUAAGCACUAAAUAAAAGACCUCGUUAUGGGAAAACCAAAUCAUGUAAGCAUAAAUUUGUGAGAUUAAUAAUUUG